UAUUUACUGAUGGACGCGUUUCCAUUACAGGAUAUUGCAGCAUGAAGAAGGAGCAAGUUUUCAACUGUCAGUUUUCGGUUUGGUAUCCGAUAUUCAAAAAACAUACGAUUAAAAGUCUGAUUCUCCCAUUACCUCAGAAUGUAAUAGACUAUUUACUGGACGAUGGGACACUGGUAGUCUCUGGGAGUGACCAUAACACACAGCAGACACACACAAACAACAGCGACUCAGAUGCAGAGGAAGACAUUCAGUGGUCAGAUGAUGAGACAACCACCACUGUCACAGCUCCAGAGUUCCCAGAAUUCACCUCUAAAGUGCUGGAGGCCAUAAAUGCCCUGGGUGGACGCAUCUUUCCCAAACUCAACUGGAGCGCUCCUCGGGAUGCUAACUGGAUUGCUCUGAACAGUUCCCUGCAGUGUCACAACCUCAGUGAUAUAUUUCUGCUCUUCAAAAGUUCAGACUUCAUCACCCACGACCUCACGCAGCCAUUCCUUCAAUGUAGUGACCAGGACUCCCCAGAUCCAGUCAUCAAAUAUGAGCUGGUCCUGAGAAAGUGGAGCGAGCUGAUUCCUGGAGGAGAGUUUCGCUGCUUCGUCAGAGAAAACAAACUGAUCGCUAUCUCCCAGAGAGACUACACUCAGUAUUACCAGCACAUCUUGAAGCAGGAGGAGCAGAUCUGUCAGGCCAUACAGGGGUUCUUCAGCCAGCACAUCCAGUACAACUUCCUGGACGAGGACUUUGUGUUUGAUGUCUACAGAGACAGCCAGGGGAGGGUGUGGCUGAUCGACCUGAACCCGUUUGGAGAGGUGACAGACUCGCUGCUGUUCAGCUGGGAGGAGCUGACGUCUGGAGGAGAAAUCGCCCACCAGCAGGAGGGCCCGGCGUUCCGCUACACCACCAGCGAGGUGACGGUGCAGCCCAGUCCCUGUCUGAGCUACAGAAUCCCACGGGACUUUGUGGACCUCUCUACCGGAGAAGACGCUUACAAACUCAUCGACUUCCUCAAACUGAAGAAAAGCCAGCAGGAAGAGUCUGAGGAGGAGGAAGAGGAGGAGAACACUCCACAGUGACACGGUUCCCCUGAAACCUGAAGAAGAGCUGCUAGCAUCACCAGUCCUCCACAUAAUGUUUUCUGCAUGAAGUGACUCUUUAUCCUCUGUCCUGUUUGAGCUUUCUUUUUUUAUUUUUUAUUUCAGCCUGUUCUCUCUCACGCUCUCCUGGUAACGGUACGUGGUGUACCCCUGGUUUCUUGAAUAGCUCUCUCGCGUUAGUUUAAUGGAGCAUGUUAAAUUAACGGAUCGUGUUAACGGCUCUUUGAGGAUUCAUUUCAUUUUCUGUCGACUUGCUCUCUGCCUCCGACGCUGCUGAGAGCUGUCUCGCCGAUCGUAAUGGUUCUGUGAGAUGAGGGGAGGGAAGCCUCGGCACUGUCAAAUGGUCUGUUGUUUCAGUUUUGGUGAAGUGAUUUGUUAUUCGUGAUUGGGGGUGGGGGGGGUUUGUGUAACUGCAGGGGGAUGUGUUCACUUACGCUGUAAAGAAUGCCUGCUUUUAUACUUUAACAUAGAUGUGUGUAUAUUAGUUUAUGUAUCUUAAUUUCUGCCUAAACGUCGUCUCUGGAUUUAAAAUGAACUUGUCCACACACACGUUGGGUCGUUCGUCUGUGUUUGUGUUGUGAGGCUGUGACAGACUUAACACUAAAGCCAUUCAUCACUCAGUCACCUUUAAUUUUUCUUCCCAGCCAUCUCUGUCCCCACCCCCCCCCUUCCCCCUCCCCACCCCCACCCCUGCCAAUUUCCUCUGAGCAGUUUUGACACGCUCAUUGCUCCAAGCCACUCCGGGCACUCUUUUCAAGUCCUGUUUUUCCCAUCAUGCAUCGCUGUAGACUGUUGCUCCAAAGAACACCAUUAAAUUUCUUGUCGUGUA